UGCCUGUGUCACAUGGAAGCACGGUAGCUGAGCUGAGGGGAUGCGAGCAGAGAUGGAGGGGGCUUAAGGGACCGAGGAGCAGAAACCUGACAGUGGGAGAUAAUUUUGGAGACGCAGCAGCAUCAUCAUUAUCAGCAGCAGCAGGAUAAGGAUAAGGGGGAAGCGGACACGCAGGUUGAGCUCUUCCCAGCCUCUCCUCUUGGCUGGGAGUGCGCGGACAGGGAGCAAGCAGGAUGCCACAUGAACUAUGCUGCAUCCCCGCUAUGUGAAGCAAAGCGAAGAAGCCCAGGACUCGGUUUUGAUUAUGCUCGCAGGGAGCUGCUGGUCUGAGGGGAAGCAGAAACUGAAGGAAGUGACCCGAGCUGAUGCUGCGCCUCCCCAAACCUCUGAGCUGAAUCCCAGUGAGACCGUGGCACCUCUCUGCGUGCAUGAGUGUAAGGGUGUGAGCGUGUGUGUGUGAGAGCAAGUGAGCGCCAGCGCUCCCACAUGGCCUCCAUGCAGGACGGGCUGAACUUCACGGCUCCUCCCUACGGCAAGGUCCUGCUGCUGGGCGCUAUUGCUGCUGCCUCAGCCUUUGUUGUUACCAUCCUUAUUGUGGUGCUCUGUGUGGGCUGCCAGAGGAAGGGGAAGACACACAAUGUUCCCGGUGAAGGUGGAAAACACCGUCUCAUGGACAUGGGUAUACUCAAGCAGUCAAAGCUGCGGUCCAUCAGUAAAUCUGACACUGAGAUGAACAAGAUGAACUGCAAUGGCAAAAAGGCAUCUAGUAAGAAACGUCCAGCCAACAUGGACCUUCUGCUGCUGCCCAGCCGCUGGUCUAACUCUGACCUUCGUUCUCAAGGCAGGCAGCUUCCCCAGAUCCCCUCUGGGGCUGGAGAGGACAGCGAGCACACUUAUUCAGAAGUGGGCCAACGUUCCUCCACUACACGUACUGACGAUGCCCUCUACGCCAUGGUAGGCAGGGCCGGGCAGACGGACACGCCUGCCCCUCCAGCCGUUCCCGCCAACACCCCGGCGCCCCCGGACCCGGAUGGCGAGGUAGACGGAGCGCUGCCGGAAUCCGAAGCCCCGGUAAUGUCUCCCCACCACCCUCCGGAGACAGCGGAGUACGCCUGCGUCAGGAAACUGAGGAAGGCUGAAAAGGCGCCUCAGAAGAGGGACAGUGGGACGGAUAUGGCAGAGCCUCCAGCCCCGCCUCUACGCCAUGGACCGCCGUCGCAUCCCGCCCCUCCGCCGCCACACCCCCACAGCACAAAGUUGCCUCGUAGAAACAUUGAGGCCUUCAAUGUCCCAUCAUUCCCAAAGGAAGUGAUGUUUAUGGGCAAUGGAGAGCAGUACAUCUGGAAGCCUCCAGAGGAUGAUGACAUGCUGAUGCUCCAGAAUAAAGCUCUGGGUCCAUUGGGAGCUCAUACAGUGGAGAAUAUACAACCGUCUGCUGCAGUGGUGGCUGAGAUGUACUCAAAAGUGUGCAAACCUGGGAAAAAGAAGAGAGCAAUGCCGGGGUCUCCCCCAGCCAACCUCGGCUUCCGGACCUUGGGUCGAGGCGACUGGGACCGGGAACGAGACGGUGGAUUCAGCGUGGUGGUUAAACCCCAGACAUGGGCCCCUCAAGAGGGCAAAGCAGUCGGUGGAUCCCUGGACGACCACUGCUACGAGUCCAUCGGCACAGAGGAGUGCGAUCCAGCCUAUGAUAACAUGGAAGGUGGAGGCGCCUGGAAACGAGAGAGGCCUCCGAACACAUGUGCCACGCUGCGGCCAAGGAGGAAGAAAGCCCAGCAACCCCUGCAGCAGCAGCAUCCUCCUCCUCCGCCGCCCACGCAGCAGACCCCCAAAUUACAACACCUGCCUGCCAAAGCCCUGUUGUUGCCAGGGGAGAACCUGUACGAGAGCAUCGGUGAUCUGAAGCAGGGCUCUGCCACCUCCAGCACCACCACCAUCUUCACCUUCAACGAUGGUAUGGAAAUGUAUGUUACAGGGCUCUGAGGCAGCGGGUGCACUGUGACCCCCAUUAACUUUCUGAGCUAACACCACAAGGAGUGACUGCUGGGUCCCUGUCAUGCUCACCCACACAUACGGUUUACAUUUAAGUCAUAACAUCAGGCCUCUCACAGUCUCCAGAGGGCUUGGGUGGUAAUGCUGAUCUGUUAUGACCUGGGCUAAAUACAAAGUCCUGUCUGCAAACCUUAAAGGAAUCCAAAGGUAGUGAAUAAUAAAUGAGCACAAGACCAUUGCAGAGCGAUCUGUAGGUAAACAGUAGCACUUCAGUUUUACUGAUACAUCUGUGCAAAGCACAAUAAAGUAGAAGCCUAAAUUCUUCCUCAAUUCUAGCGGGUAAAAAUAGUCCUUUAUUCAGUUCAAGUUGGACUUCUAAUUGGGGAAAUAUUUUAGCAGCACUUAGUCUGUGGUGAACAGGCCUUCCCUGUAUAUUUGAUCAGAAUUUAAAUAAAACAUUAAUCAAAACACUUGAAAGCUCAGGGACCAAGAAGAAAAACUAAUUAUAAAAAGUAUUAUAAUAAACAAAUUGCACACAUUUUGCAUUCCUCCUGAAAGCUUCGACAAAUUAAGACCAUUUCACCUUAAAAAAAAGCCAAUAGGAUACCAUGAUGUUUCUCUCGACAUGGUCUGAACACUGUCUCCACUGCUGUCUAUAUAUGAAGUGUUUUACUUUGUUGAUCCUGUUCUUGCACUUUGCCUGCUACGAGUUGCAUGCCUAAAAAUUAAAAAAAGCAAAAAAACAAGCACUGUUAUGUGGUUUCUCUAUAUGAAUGUUAUUAUUUUCAUUUGUAGUUGGUUGUGUACCUUUUUCUUCUGUUUUCACUGUGUUGCUUUAUUUCUCUGUGGAGCUCUAAGCCGGUUUGAUGAAGGAUGUGUUUGGCUUAGUGGGGAUCUGUGCAGCCGAGAGGAGUGUUUAAACGCUCUGCUGCGCCUGCAACACACGCAGGUUCAAAUGAAUCCAGGAGAACUGUUCCAAUGCUAGAUGUGGAGACGGCCCACCCCUCCACCCCUUCUUUUACACGCCCCUGUCUGCUCAGUCACAUCUGUGGAUCAUCCCUGCCUUGUGGUCAUAUGAAUCAGCUUAGGUUUUCAUCAUAGUGUAGCGUGGAGAGCUACAAUAGGAACUGACUUGUGUUAGCAAACGUCAUGUCUCAUUAUCACUCCAUUGAUGAACACUCUCUGUUAUCAGUGUUAAAAUAUAUCACAGGAAAAAAAAGACGUAAAGCAAAAGCGCAUCGAGCCCCCCCCAAACUUUCAUACCCAAAACCUGAACUAUAACAGAAAUUUCACACAACCAAAUAUCCCCCAACAAACAAUGUGAUUAUACUGUAUGUUAAUGCAACGUGUAUGUACAUGACAAAAAGAGAAAGAAUAAUAAAUAUAUCAUCAGUGUCAAGAAAUCUAUCUUUUUCUAUUAUGUUCAGUUGUGUUUUUUGGAAUGACUUCUAUUGUGACACAAAACGAAACAGCUGCAAUGUAAAAAGUAUUCCGUGUUACUCUCUGUUUGUUGUUUUGGAAGCCAUGACGCUCCGGUGUGUUCUUGGAAAAAGCCCUGCUAAGUUUUUAAUGUGGCAGCUAAUGUUGUGUGUUUGCUCUUCAGACUACAGGGUCUUGUAUUCGAAAAGGCGUGUAAUUUAAGUGCUAAAGUGCAAAAGAUUGUAAUGUUUUAUAUCAAGAUUACUAUUCAUGAAAUGUCAAGUCAAGUUUAUACUUUUGUAAUAAAGUGGCACUUUAAAAAAAAAAGAA